GCUGGGAAGGAGCCGGAAGUCCGGUGGGCUCCGGGUGUCGAGAUGGAGGAGGGAGAGUACGAGUCGGUGCUCUGUGUCAAGCCGGAGGUCCACGUCUACCGCAUCCCGCCGCGAGCCACCAACCGUGGUUACAGGGCCGCGGAGUGGCAGCUGGACCAGCCAUCAUGGAGUGGCCGGCUGCGGAUCACUGCAAAAGGGCAGGUGGCCUACAUCAAGCUGGAGGACAGGACCUCAGGGGAGCUCUUUGCUCAGGCCCCAGUGGAUCAGUUUCCUGGCACAGCCGUCGAGAGCGUGACGGAUUCCAGCAGGUACUUCGUUAUCCGCAUCGAAGAUGGAAACGGGCGCCGGGCAUUUAUUGGAAUUGGCUUCGUGGACCGAGGCGAUGCCUUUGACUUCAACGUUGCACUGCAGGACCAUUUCAAGUGGGUGAAACAGCAGUGUGAAUUUGCGAAACAGGCCCAGAACCCAGACCAGGGCCCCAAGUUGGACCUAGGCUUCAAAGAGGGCCAGACCAUCAAGCUCAACAUUGCGAACAUGAAGAAGAAGGAAGGAACAGCUGGGACCCCCCGAGCACGGCCUGCCAGCACAGGAGGACUGAGCCUGCUUCCCCCACCCCCCGGGGGAAAAACCUCCACCCUGAUCCCUCCCCCUGGGGAGCAGGUGUCUGUGGGGGGAUCAGUCGUCCAGACAGCAGUUGGUCCCAGUUCAGGAGGGGCCACUGUAUCCUGGCCGCAACCCAGGCCUGCCACGACUGCCACCACCGACAUCUGGGGAGACUUUACCAAAUCCACAGGGUCGACUUCCAGCCAGACUCAACCAGGUACAGGCUGGGUCCAGUUCUGAUCUGAGUGUAGUCCCUCUUUUCCUCAUACAAUUUCUGGAAAGAAGCCACGUCACCUGGGCCAAAGGAAGGAGGACAAAGCACUCCCCGGCCAGCCUCUGUUUGGAGCACGACUGUC